AUGCCAUCUGACAACGUAGAAGAGUUUCGCCAGGUUCUGUCGUCGUCCAAGAAGAUACUCAUCCUGAGUGGCGCCGGAUUGUCCGCCGCUUCCGGUAGCUACUACUCUCUUGCUGCCCCGCAUACAAUUGUUCCUCACAGCCGUUCAGGAGUCGCGACAUUCAGAGGCAAUGGUGGUCUGUGGCGCAAAUACGAUGCCGCCUCCCUCGCGACACCCGCCGCAUUCGCCGAGAACCAAUCUCGCGUAUGGCAGUUCUUCCAUUACAGGCGCGAGCAGGUCCUCAAAGCCGCGCCGAACCCCGCGCACCGCGCGCUCGCGCGCCUUGCCAUCCCAAGCAUACGCCACACCCUCGCGCCACACUCUGCACUCACCCACGUAACCCAAAACGUCGACGGGCUCUGCACAAUCGCACUCGCCGACGCCGUCGCUCCGCUGUGCACGCCCGAGGAGCCCGCCGAGCUCAUCGAGAUGCACGGCCGGCUGUUCGAUGUCGUGUGCACCGCGCACGACUGCGGGUUCCGCGAGACGACGCGCCGCUCGCCGUUGUGCCCCGCGCUGCGCGGGACCGAGGCCGCGCUCGAGCCCGUGGUGCGCCGCGCGGACCUCCCGCGCUGCCCGGUGUGCGGGCAGCUCUGCCGCCCCGGGGUCGUGUGGUUCGGGGAGCGGCCGCACCGGAUCGAGGAGAUCCUCGCGCUCGCGGACGACGCGGACCUGUGUAUCGUCGUGGGCACGUCUGCCGUGGUCCAGCCGGCUUCGAAGAUUGGUGGACGGGUGAAGGAGCAUAGGGGAAAGAUCGCAGUGUUUAACAUAGAGGCAAGCAAUCAUUCCGAUGAGGCGGAUUUCCUCUUCCUGGGCCCUGUGGAUGUAGUUGCUAUCUUUGACAAUAAGACUUGA